AUGGUGUUACCGAAUAACAUGCAAAAGAACCUUUUACCAGAGGAGAUCAACUUUCUAUCAGAAAGCCAGUUGAUCACCAUCAUACCACGGUUCUCAAUGAAGAAGAUAGAGUUGAUUGGGUCCAAGAUCCCCACUUUAAGGGCCAUGAGAAGGGAACAAGUACCAUUAUGGGUAGCACUCAUAUUAAAGAGUCAAGAUAAAUGUAACAUAGUACCACCAGAAUGGCUCAACUUAAUCUAUCUUAAAGAUAUGUAUGAACAAGAGAAGCUGAAUCCGCUUCAAUUUUCCUCCCUACCAUAUAAUUGGUUAGAAUUAUCAAAGAUACUUUUGGCUAAAGCUUCAGAUGAUGUAGCAGACCUGUCCCAUCAACUUCGAUCAGUUAUUCAAGACUUGAGGGAAAUCAGGCUUAUCAAGAUCAAAAACGGUCUACGUGAAUUGAAUGAGGCCAAUAUGGAAUUGACCAAUCUUUCACUCAUGGAGAUCAAUGAGAUUAGACCUUUUAUACUUCAAGUGAUGGGGAAAUUGGGUAAGUUAUACGAAGCUUCCAAGACCAUAGAAGACGAAGAAGACGAUUACGAUUACGAAUAG